AUGGUUCUCUUGCUCAUUGUACUCGUUUCCGACCCUUAUUUAUUACAGUACGCCGGCGAAUGCUACUGCGGCAAAGAUGCAUCUGUCCUCACCAAGGCGUCGGAGAACGAUUGCAACAUGGCAUGCAAGGGCAACGCCUCUGAGAUGUGCGGUGGACCCGCCCGUCUCAGCGUGUACACCCAGAGUACAACCACUGCCACCACCGGGCCUGCAGCAGGAUGGUCGUCCGUUGGGUGUUUCGAGGACUCCACAGGUACCCCCGUGCUUAAUGGCGCUGAUGUGCUCACCAGCGCCACAAUGACGCCGCUUUCUUGCACACAGCACUGCAAUGACAUGGGAUUCAUCGUGGCCGGCGUUGAGUAUGGUGGCGAAUGUUAUUGUGGCAACGCCCUCAGUCAGUCCUACCAGACACCCGACGGUGAAUGCAACAUGCCCUGCAGCGGUGCUGCGUCCGAGAUGUGUGGCGCGGGGAACCGUUUGAGCGUCUUCAUCCAGUCCUCCUUGCACAAGCGUAACGUGCGCGCACACAAGCGAGGCCAUCAUCCUCUCAGCCACUCGAUGUGGUACUGA